AUUACUACUACUGUCCCAUUUUUCUCUCUUAACUUGUGUAGUCUUCUUUGGCUUUGCCUCUUCUGCCUCAGCUUAUUUUUCACACUGCUCUGAACCUCUAAUGGCAGAGAUUCUUCUCCUCGUAACUCUACUCACAUGUUAAACUUUUCACUACUUUCUAUUAUUUUCUGAUCUGAGUUUCCAAUAUUUUCUCUCAGAUCAAUUUUUUUUUUCUUUAGGUUCUUCAGUUUCAAGAACUUUUAUAUCCUUUGAUACAAAAGGACUUUUUUGGGUAUUGGGGUUCUGUUGUAUUGGGUUGAUAGGAUUUUAAAAUGAUGUGUUUUGGUUAAGGAUGGAAAUGGUGGCUGUUUCUUGAAAAAUCAUUUUCAGUUUGCUCAGAUUUGUUGCAGGAAUCUUUACCAGUAAAGUUCUCUUAUUUGAAAAAUGGGUAGAGGAAGAGGAAAGGCAAAGAAGCAAUCUAUUCGUGAGGAUCUUGUGACUGGUGAAGAAGAGAAGAUGCCAGCGCGGAGAAGGGGAAGACCACAGAAACCAAAGGAUGAAAUAGAGGAGGAAGAAGGAAUUGAGAAGGUACUGGAUGAUGAAGAUGACAGCGAGAAUACAAAAGGUUCCGUCUUGAAUAAAGAUAUCAAGAACCAAGUAGCUGAAGAUGGAAAGAAGAGGAAGAGACCUUCCCAAGUCAUGGAAAAUAAGGAUUCUGUGAAAGAGGAAAAUGGAGUUGGAACUAAAACUAUCUCAAAUGACUUAAUAAAGUCAGUUGGAUUCAGACCGAAUGGUAGCAGAAGGAAAAACAAGCCUAGACGGGCUGCCGAAGUUGGUGUUGAGUGCAGAUGAAGGGUCCUCGUUGUGAUUGAGAACUGACUUUAUGAUUACUUACAUGUGCUUAUCUAUUUUAGUCCUGUUAUAAUUACUUCUUUUUGGAAAUUUCAACUUGAAUUUUGUGAUGAUUUCUGCAGCAAGUUUUAGUUCUACUGAAUGUACUGCUGCUGAAUCCCUUUGACAGUUCUCUCAUUUUGCAUGUCUCAUCAAUAUCCAGAAUGAUAUUUCUCCUCUA